AGUCUCCCACCCCGUAAGAGUGUAGUCCGCGUUGAAACUCGGCGGCGACUGGCCCAGCAGAACCAGGGACGGGGAGAGAGAUCAGGCUAGCUCUUCAUUGGUCCCUUUCCCUCGUUGUUGGCCACGAUUCCGCCCCUUUCUCCAAGUUCCGUUCGCUCGCUGCCUAGCUUCUCUCCCAGACUCUCGCCCCCAUUGGCCGCAGGCCACGCCUUCGCCCCGCCCCCGGUCCUUCCAGCGCGCCAAUUGGCGGCUGCGGGGAACGUGCCAGGACGAGCGCGCCGUGCCCGCGGAGAGAGCGCGGCGCGGGAGGCCGGCGGCCAGCUGGCUGCAUGGCGCGCUGCGAGAGGCUUCGCGGAGCGGCCCUGCGCGACGUGCUGGGCCGGGCGCAGGGGGUCCUGUUCGACUGUGACGGGGUGCUGUGGAACGGCGAGCGCGCCGUGCCGGGCGCCCCGGAGCUGCUGGAGCGGCUGGCGCGGGCCGGCAAGGCGGCUCUGUUUGUGAGCAACAACAGCCGGCGCGCGCGGCCCGAGCUGGCCCUCCGCUUCGCGCGCCUCGGCUUCGGGGGGCUGCGCGCCGAGCAGCUCUUCAGCUCCGCGGUGUGCGCCGCGCGCCUGCUGCGCCAGCGCCUGCCCGGGCCUCCGGGCGCGCCGGGCGCCGUGUUCGUGCUGGGCGGCGAGGGGCUGCGCGCCGAGCUGCGCGCUGCGGGGCUGCGCCUGGCUGGGGACCCGGGUGACGACCCGAGCGCGGGGGACGGCGCGGCCCCGCGCGUGCGCGCCGUGCUCGUGGGCUACGACGAGCACUUCUCCUUCGCCAAGCUGAGCGAGGCGUGCGCGCACCUGCGCGACCCCGAGUGCCUGCUCGUGGCCACCGACCGUGACCCAUGGCACCCGCUGAGCGAUGGCAGCCGGACCCCUGUGGAGGGUCCUCCUUUUGCUCCUGCCUCCCCUGCAGGGCCAAAUUCGCAAGAUGACAGCAAUGAAGAGUGCCCUGGACUGGAGGUCGGUGUUACAAAGGCACCGGGAGCCUGGCCGCUGCGGUGGAGACGGCCUCGGGACGCCAGGCCCUGGUGGUGGGCAAGCCCAGCCCCUACAUGUUCGAGUGCAUCACAGAGAACUUCAGCAUCGACCCCGCACACACACUUAUGGUGGGUGACCGCCUGGAGACCGACAUCCUGUUCGGCCACCGCUGCGGCAUGACCACCGUGCUCACGCUCACAGGAGUCUCCCGCCUAGAAGAGGCCCAGGCCUACCUGGCAGCUGGCCAGCACGAUCUCGUGCCGCAUUACUAUGUGGAGAGCAUCGCAGACUUGACAGAGGGGUUGGAGGACUGAGCCCACUGCACCUGCAGCCACAGGCCCACCCCUCCCCACUCCCUGAUCCUGUAGGUGGAGGCGAUGGGUCACGAGCCGUGUUACACACCACUGGCUCCUUGGCCCAGUUCUGCACCCGGGUGGGGCUGGGACCUGGGGAAGGUUUGAGGGCCCUUGCAACCCCCUCCCAGCAGUGGCUGGGCACUCUUUGCUGCCCCAGAAGCUGGUCCCCUACAGAUUCAUCUUGGCCUGACCCAGCCAGGUGGACUUAUUUCCUGCCCUGUCACCUCCCCUCCUUGAAAUCUGGGCCCUGGUGCCCGCUGAAGAUUUCCUCUAGCCCUGAGCACUUAGUCUUCUCCCCCUUCCCUGGGUCUUCUAGAGCUCUCUCUGCCCCUUGGGUCCUGGCCCUUGGGUCCUUGUCAACCAGAGGUCUAGGGAACCACAACCCUUAUUUUCCUGAGUGCCGGCAAAGGCUGUGACAGUGACCUCAUCGAUGUUGGGUCCUGUGGGGUACCAGUCUAGGUUCCUAAGUAACAGUGACCCUUUUCAUCCUGGAGCCCGAGUGGACCAGUCAGAAGCCUAAGUGACGAUGACCCUCGCAUGUCCUAGGUCCCUGAGUGGACCCGUCAGGACCCCAAGUGAUAGUGACCCAGUGGUCUUUUAGAUCCUCAGUAGAACAAUCCAGAAGCCUAAGAGACAGUGGCCCCUUGAUAAUCUGGGUCUCACGGGACCAGCCAGGGGUCCAGGUUUCAGUCCAUAAAUAACAGUGGUCCAUGUCCUGAAGACACCCCUCCUCUACAAAGACUGUGAUGCUCUGGGGCUUCUGUGGCCAAGCCCCACCCUUUCCUGGUCAUGGUACCCGUACAGUGUUGAUGGCCACAGCUCGAAGGGGGGCUUUCAUGUCUCCCUGUGCAGUCAGUGUUUGCAGUACCACCUCUCUCCCGUGCCCAUUCUUGGCUAUUUAUUUAAUUUAUGUGUGCCAGUGACGGUGGGUGGGGGCUGGGCCUUCCCCGCCACCUCCACCCCUGUUGUGACCUGUCCUUCCGUACUUAAUAAAGUGCGCGUGGGAGUGUU